UGAGAUUACACCCGUCCGGCCUAUAACAAAAGCGACCACACCGGCGUGAACGGAGAGUUUAGGGCGAGGCGAGGGUUUUUGGCAGGCCGCGAUGCAGACUGCAAGGAGACGAUUCUUGCGGACCCUCCUCUUCGGCCGCUUCCCUCCUCCACCAUCGCCUGCCUCUUCCUCGAUAGCAACCCUCGUUCGCGGAUCGUUGGACAGAUCGCUGCCUUGCGCCACCCUCGCGGCACCGUGGUCCGCAUUCCAAAGCCGAGGCGCUAAAGUGCUGGGCACCGAUGUGAGGAUUGGGAAUGUUAUACAAAGAAAAGGCCGUAUGUAUCAGGUACUAAAAGCACAACAUACACAACACGGAAGGGGAGGAGCCACAAUACAGGUGGAACUUCGAGAUGUUGAUACUGGGAACAAAAUAACUGAAAGAUUUCGCACUGAUGAAGCUCUUGAGAGAGUUUUUGUUGAGGACAAGUCAUUCACAUACCUGUAUCAGGAAGGCGAGUUUGUAAUGCUAAUGGAGCCCAACACGUUUGAGCAGAUUGAAGUGCAGAAGGAGAUGUUUGGCAAGGCUUCUGCCUAUUUAAAAGAAGACAUGACAGUGAGACUGCAGUAUUAUGAUGGAAAACUGAUGUCUGCAUCAGUUCCUCAUCGUGUAACAUGCAAGGUUGUUGAAGCACAACCUAAUAUCAAAGGGCUAACAGCUGCUCCUCAGGCACCACCUUUUGUUGAAACUGGUGAGGAGAUCAUUAUUAAUACAACCGACGACUCAUAUAUUACAAGGUCUCCAUAGCAAAAAAAUUAGUGCUAAACAGGGCAAAGGAGUAGCAUUUUUGAGGUAAAGCAUGCACCUUAGCCUAUUUAUUGACAGAGGGUGACUAGUUUCCCCAAGUGGCUCUAUCCAGUUAUAUUCGAUUAUGAGUUGUACAAUUGAGAUGCUUUGUAAAAAGAAAUUUACCCUUCUUGUUUAAACUUUUGAGGAAAUUUGAUGAAUAAAAUAUUGAAAUAUUUGCUUAAAGAUGUGUUGAAUAAUUUAA